AUGUUGAAGCACCUCGCACUCGGCCUAUUGGCCACCCAAUCUGUGGUCGCCACGCGCUUUGCCAUGUACAUUGACCAAUACCAUGUGACCGAUCUGCCAGGCUCGGAUCAGACCAAGGGCAUUGACUAUGCCAUCAUGGCAUUCGCUCCCUCGAAGAUUUUCAACUCUGACUCGCCGCCAUCUUUCGAGCCGUUCGAGUCUCCUGAAAGCUUCCGCAAGCGCUUCAGCCCUGACACCAAGCUCGGUAUUGCCAUUGGAGGAUGGGGUGAUACCGCUGGUUUCUCGGACAGUGUCAAGGACGACGCCUCAAUCGAACGAUAUGCGAAGAAUGUCGCUGCAAUGCUCGACUCCAAAGGAUUCGACGGUGUUGACAUCGACUGGGAAUAUCCCGGUGGCAACGGCCAGGACUACAAAGACGUCCCCAACUCAAAGAAGGUCGGCGAGAUCGAAGCCUACCCCAAGUUCCUCGCUGCCAUCCGCAAGGCCAUUGGCGACGACAAGAUCCUCUCCAUCGCCACCCCCGGCCGUAAGCAGGAUUUCAUUGCCUUCACCAAGGAGCAGGGGCCUAAGAUCUUCGAGCCGGUUGACUAUAUCAAUGUCAUGACCUACGACCUCAUUAACCGUCGUGACAACGUCACUGGCCAUCACAGCUCGGUCCAGGGAUCUCUGGAUACCAUUAACAACUACCUUGAGAUCGGCGCUCCUCCCGAGAAGAUGAACCUUGGGUUUGCGUACUACGCCAAGUGGUUCACCACCGACCCCGAGUCCGACUGUGAAGAGAACCCCCUCGGCUGCAAGAUGGUCAAGCUCGAGAACAACGAUGGAACCGACAACGGUAAGUCUGGUGCUUUUACCUUCGAGGCUACCAAUGUCGCCGAUCCCCCCAAGGAUCUCAAGACUUCCACCAACGGCAAGUGUGGAUAUGGAGAGAAGUCCAAGUGCCCUGAAGGAUCGUGCUGCAGCGCCUACGGUAACUGCGGUACCGGCGAUGACUUCUGCCAGACCGGCUGUCUCUCCGAUUACGGUACCUGCAAGGGCAUCUCGAUCACCAACUCAUGGCGCCAGGCCGAGAAGAACGGUCAGACCGACGAGGAGGCCGGUGGUCAGUACUACUUUGACAAGGAGAACCACCUCUUCUGGACCUGGGAUACCCCGGACCUCAUUGCCCGCAAGUUCAAGGACAUCGUCGCUGAGAAGAAGCUUGGUGGUGUUAUGGCCUGGAGCUUGGGUGAGGAUACCUAUGGGUUCAAGCACCUUAAGGCCAUGCAGGACGGUGUUAAGUCUCAGUCUUGA